AUGGACCCAUCACUGCCUGAUGCUCUCAUCAUGUUCUAUGCCCACUUUGAAGACCCAAAUAGACAACCCAGCACCAAACUCACCUCACCACCGGAAGAGGAGUUCCUCAGCAUGACCUCAGCAGAAUGGGUCCUGGACUUUUUAACCAACAGACCGCAGUCUGUGAAGAUCCAGAACUUCUCCUCCACUAUAACCCUCAGCACUGGCUCGCCUCAGGGCUAUGUGUUGAGCCCCCUCCUGUUCACUCUGCUCACUUAUGAAUUGACUUCAUGUCUGUUUCUUUCUGCAGACAUUGACAACAGUGGUUAUGUGAGCGACUUUGAGCUUCAGGAACUGUUCAGAGAAGCAAGCCUGCAUCUGCCCGGCUACAAAGUGAGAGAAAUCGUUGAGACCUUCAUUGCUGGAGACACAAACAAAGAUGAGAAGAUCAGCUUUGAUGAGUUUGUAUCAAUUUACCAAGAGCUGAAGAGUAAGGAGUUCAGCGAGACGUUCAAAAAAGUCCUCUCCAGGAAGGAUGGGAUCUGCUCCUUCGGAGGCACGUCAGGAGUCUCCUGUGAGGGAACACAGCACUCCUACUCUGAUGAAGAGAAAGUAGCUUUUGCAAAAUGGAUCAACAAAGCUUUGGCCAAAGACCCUGACUGCCACCAUCUCCUGCCUGUGAACCCCAACAAUGAGAGCCUCUUCUCCUCCCUCCGUGAUGGCAUCCUCUUAUGUAAAAUGAUCAACUUGUCUCAACCGGACACCAUCGAUGAAAGAGUCAUCAACACAAAGAAGCUCACCACCUUCAAAAUGAGGGAGAAUCUGGUCUUGGCCCUGAACUCUGCCUCAGCAAUCGGCUGCACGGUGGUGAGCAUCGACGCCCAUGAUCUGAUGGCUGGGAAACCCCAUCUGGUCCUGGGACUGCUCUGGCAGAUUAUCAAGGUUGGGCUCUUUGCGGAUAUAGAAAUCACCAGGAACGAAGGUCUGAUCUGCCUUCUGUUGGAAGGAGAAGAACUGGAUCAUCUCAUGUCUCUCUCUCCCGAGGAGCUGCUGUUGCGCUGGGUCAACCAUCAUCUCAGGAAUGCAGGAACUGAAACAAUCAGCAACUUCAGCGCUGACAUACGGGACUCGCGGGCCUACUUCUACCUUUUGGAACAAAUUGCUCCUCCAGAUGAAGAUGAAUUUCAUGUGGGGGUCAAAAUUGACAAGUCUGGCCUAACUGAGUGGGAUCUGGACCAAAGAGCUGAGCUGAUGCUGCGGGAAGCAGCCAAGCUGGACUGCAGGCAAUUUGUUUCUCCUCACGACGUCACAACCGGAAACAGCAAACUCAAUUUGGCCUUCGUGGCCAACCUGUUCAACACGCACCCCGGUCUGCAGAAGACUGGGCUCAACAACCUGGAGGGGGAGCACAUAGAAGCGGAGACCAGAGAAGAGAAAACAUUUCGUAAUUGGAUGAACUCUCUGGGUGUUUCACCACAUGUAAACCACCUUUAUCGCGACUUGUGUGAUGGCAUGGUGAUUCUGCAGCUUUUAGAAAAAGUCAAAGUACCUGUAAACUGGAAGAAAGUCAACAAUCCACCUUAUUCUUUUCUAGGAGGAAACAUGAAGAAGCUGGAGAACUGUAACUAUGCUGUGAAGCUGAGCAGAGAUGUUGCUAACUUCUCUCUGGUUGGAGUUGGAGGAGAAAACCUGAAUGAAGGGAGUCGUACACACACCCUGGCUCUGGUCUGGCAGCUGAUGAGAAGAUACUCGGUUCUGGUUUUGUCAGAUCUGGGUGAUGGGGAGAAGGUUGGAGAUCAGAUCAUCCUGAACUGGGUCAACUCCACUCUGAAGCAGAAACGAAAGGACACGCAGAUCAGCAGCUUCAAGGACAAGCUGAUCAGCACCAGUUUACCGGUGAUUGACCUCAUCGACGCCAUCGCUCCUGGCACCGUGAAGUGGGACAUGGUGAGGAGAGGGGAACGAGGAGUGCUGGGGAAUGAUGAAAAACUCAACAACGCCAAGUACGUCAUCUCAUUGGCCCGUAAGAUUGGAGCCCGUGUCUACGCUCUACCUGAUGAUUUAGUGGAAGUUAAUCCUAAAAUGGUGCUGACAGUGUUUGCCUGCCUCAUGGGACAUGACUUAAGAAAGGGCAAACACUAAAACUCACACUUGGGUGGUGCGUGUGAGUGGGUGUGUAUUUUUUUUUACUAUUUUUCCCGGUUGUAAUUAUUUUUCUUUGGCA